AUUAAACGUACAAACUCACUCUUUAUCAAGCGAAAAGAAUUCGAUCAGAAAAAACUUUUGGGCCAAUUUGGGCUUUAACAUGAGCCAUGGUGAACGAAUUGCGUACCACCUUGUUCUAGCCUUUCUUUCAUUAACUGUCAUUCUGUUUGUUAUCUUAUUAGUUGUAAUCAUUGUAUGGAAGAACAACAGCAAGAAGAAGUCAAAUUCUAAUGAGAUGUUUUACGAUCAAAAAUCCGAUCAAGAAAGCCCUGCUUCUACAAAGCUUUGUGCAUCACCCUACUCGUUGGUAGAUAUCGAUGUUGCCACCGAUGGAUUUAACGAAAGACGAAUCAUUGGAAAAGGCCGGUUAGGGACUGUUUACGCGGCCGUGUUAGCUGGAGGUGAAUUGGUGGCAGUCAAAAGAAUCCAUUCUCGUUUGGUUCUAAGAAACUCUGGUUUAGGGUCAGGUUUAAUAAGUUUUUCUUCCAUAUUAAAAUGGUUGUCUCUAGCUAAUCAUCCUAAUGUGUUAUCCAUAUUAGGGUUCUCUGAAGGCCCCGGAGAGCGAAUUGUGGUAAUGGAGUUUAUGGGAAUGAUGAGUCUUGAAUUUUACCUACAUCAAAACCACGACGGUGCGUCGCUUUUGGAUUGGAGCCGACGGUUAAGGGUCGCGGCGGGUGUGGCUCGUGGGUUGGAAUACUUGCAUGAAAUGAUGGCGCCAUCUAUACUGCAUGGUUGUGUCAAACCAUCAAAUAUAUUAAUAGAUGUCAAGUUUAGUGCCAAGGUUUGUGACUAUGGUCUAUCAUUUUUAGCACCUAAUGAGAAAUUAGAUGGGCUUGUGGGGUAUGUUGAUCAAGAAUAUUGGAAUAUUGAACCAAAAGGUGCUUCUAAGGAAAGUGAUGUGUAUGGUUUAGGGGUUGUUUUGUUAGAGUUGUUGAGUGGUAGGAGAAGUGAAGGAGGGUUGAUUGUAAAGUGGAGUUUGCCAUUAAUUAAAGAGAUGAGAAUGGAUGAAGUUUUGGAUCCAAGAUUAGUUGUGCCAAGUGAUAUUAAGCCUCUUGUUAGAUUGGCUAAAGUGGCUAGUGCUUGUGUUGGCAACUCUAGGAAGAAUAGGCCUUUGAUUGGUCAAGUUGUUGCUAUUUUGAAUGAUUUACAAGAUGAAAUUAUGCAGUGGAGUAAUGGGUCGUUUUAAUUAUAAAAAAGUAGUCAUUAUUAAUUUUAUUUUUUUGUUUA